GUGCCGGGAGAGCCCUGAGACUUGCCUUGCAAUGCCAUGUUUGUGUAUGUGCUCUAACUCCCGGAGAGCGAUCAGGGAGACGGCUCCCCGGCCGGACUUGGCUGAUGUUUUCUUGUUUUUGUUUCAGCCUUCAGGAUAAUUCCUUCAGCAGCACCGCUGUAACAGAGUGUGACGAAGACACAGUCUCUCUACAUGAAGAUCAGACUGAUUGCUCCAGUCUCAGAGAUGAAGACAAUAAAGAAAAUUACCCUGACACAGGGGCUCUCCUAGAGGAGCCAGAGCUGCCCUCCUGCGAGCCUCAGCAGCAUGUAGAACAGUCGUUGCUGUUGGAUGGCGUGCUAAGACCCAGCAUGGGCAACUUCAAGUCCCGGAAGCCCAAGUCCAUCUUCAAAGCCGAGAACGGGAGGAGCCACGGAGAAAGUCAGGAAACAGAGCAUGUGUUGCCUGGCCAGUCGGAGUGUCGGGGGAGAGCGGGGACACCAGCUCAGCAGAGUCCACAAAACCAAACCUUUAGGUGCCAAGAAACAGUGCGGCUUCAACCCAGAAUAGACCAGAGGUCUGUCAUCUGGCCAAAGGAUGCUUUUGAAAGUCAGCAGGACUUAAAUGAGGAAGAAGCUGCUCAGGUGCAUGGAGUCAAGGACCCAGCCCCAGUGUCAACCCAGAGUGUGCCUGCUGAAGGGGCAGAUGCUGCAGACCCUGCUCCCGACCACAGGGAUGGGCAGAAUGAAGCAGACAGCGUGCCAGAAGACCUCCAGUCUGUUGGGACCAGCAGGCUGCUCUAUCACAUCACUGAUGGUGACAACCCGCUCCUGUCACCACGGUGCUCCAUCUUCAGCCAAAGCCAGAGAUUCAACUUAGAUCCAGAAUCAGCCCCUUCUCCGCCCAGUACUCAACAGUUUAUGAUGCCCAGAAGUUCUUCACGGUGCAGCUGUGGUGAUGGCAAGGAGCCACAGACCAUUACUCAACUCACCAAGCAUAUCCAGAGCCUCAAACGGAAAAUUCGGAAAUUUGAAGAAAAAUUUGAACAAGAAAAGAAAUACCGGCCUUCACAUGUUGACAAGACAUCUGAUCCUGAAGUCCUGAAAUGGAUGAAUGAUUUAGCUAAAGGUCGUAAACAACUCAAAGAACUAAAGCUGAAGCUGUCAGAAGAACAAGGGAGUGCUGCCAAAGGCCCACCUAGAAACCUAUCCUGUGAGCAACCCACAGUGCCCAGAGAGAAUGGGAAGCCUGAAGCUGUGGGCCCUGAGCCAAACUCCUCUGGAGAGGAGACUGCAGACAUGGUGUUGACAUGCGUGAAGAAGAGAGAACAGCUUCCCUGUCAGGAGGAUUCUAAGGUAACUAAGCAAGACAAGAAUCUCAUAAAGCCUCUUUAUGACCGAUACAGAAUUAUCAAGCAAAUCUUGUCAACACCUUCCCUUAUUCCAACAAUUCAGGAGGAAGAGGAUUCUGAUGAAGAGUGUCCAAAGGGAAGCCAACAACCUUUGCCAGAUCCAACAUCUCACCUUCCUGUUGCUGACCACCUCACCUACUCUAACGAGAGUGAGCCUGUUAGGGUCCUGCUACCAGAUGAAAAGAAGGAAAUCAAACAACCAGCCCUCUCCAUGUCCAAUUUACAUGAGGCCACCAUGCCUGUACUUCUUGACCAUCUCCGAGAAACUAGGGCUGAUAAGAAGAGACUUCGGAAAGCCUUACGAGAAUUUGAAGAACAGUUUUUUAAACAAACAGGAAGAAGUCCACAAAAGGAAGACAGGAUACCAAUGGCAGAUGAGUACUAUGAAUACAAGCAUAUAAAAGCCAAACUGAGACUAUUAGAGGUCCUUAUCAGCAAACAAGAUGUGGCCAAAACUAUUUGAGGUUCAGGAACUGUUUGUGAUCACUUUCAACCAAGAUAAACUGAAGUUAAUUUUCCUCUUCUAUUCUUGCUAAGUAGUGUUGACAUACAGAAAAUGGAAGCACUUUAGUGGUAGUAUUAUCUGUUUUUAAGAAGGAAUGGUAAGUGUAAUUAUAAAUGAGCAGGAGGGAUUUAAAUGGGGGAUGGACAACAAAUAAGAGUGCAACUGGAAAAAAAAUUCAGCUUCUUCCAGGCCAAGGAGAAAACUCAGUCAAUAUAAUUAUUUCAGGAAGUAUCUAAUAUUUUAGCAAGCUUAAUACAUAGCAUCCACUUGUUCAAUGUUAGGGAAGUCUGUUUAGUGUCCAAAGAUUGCUUAAAUUGAUGUAAGGAAAAGGGCAUGAUUUUAAAAAUUCAGUUAGAGGAGAAAAAGAAACUGCAUUUUUAUGUAGAAAAGGAUGCAGCUAGCAAGAACAUAAUUUAUUUGAAACUUCUACUAGAUUUUUAAGUGAUUAAAAAAAAACUUACCUUGUCCCUUAAGUCUGCUAGGCUUUCAAUACCCUAAAAUAUACUAGAAUGUGUCCCCGCUAAUUUUUUAUUUCUAUAUAAAAACAGCACAUUGUUUUAUGUUAUUUGAAAUUUUACAUUUCUGAUUACCAAAGUUCAUUCUGAUAGCAUGUACUUUGUGAAUUAUCUUUGUCUAAAAUUGACAGAUGUUUAUAUUAAAAUAUUGUAUUAAAAUUUGAAAAUAGGUAUUUUGGAUAGAUACAUGUCUGUAGUAUAUAAUCUAAUGUGACCAGAGUUAUGAUUGCUAAAUUUUUUGUUUAUUAAAACUAAGAUUAUAUAACUAUUUUUCCAUUGGGAAUACAUGUUUUUCUUAAUGUUCCAAGGUCUAUACUUUGUAAAGUCAAAAAGCUUUCUCAUGAGCUGUAGUUAUUCUUCCUUCUGUGUCAAAAUGAAAGGUUUGAAGAUUGUUUGCCAUGAUACUUAGAAAAGAGGCCAGCAUAUUUUAUUUGCUUCAUCAAUUUUAGUGAAUAUUGUUUUGUCUUAUUUUGUACUAAAACACAUGUUAUUAAUUUUGCUUUUGUAAAAAUAAGGUUGACAUUUUCUCUCUUGUACCAACCAUGUUUGUAUUUCUAUUUUUUGUAAUGUUUAAGCAUGAUGUUGAAGAAUUCACAUUUUCGUAUAAUUUGGAUAGAAAGAAUACUGACUAUUUCAGAUGUGGACUAUUUCAGAGGCUUAUUGUUUUCUCUGUAUUUACCUGAUAUUUUAUAACUUUUAUGAAUCAGAAUAAUAUCCUUCAUAUAUUUGUUUAAUUGAAGUCAUCUACUUGUAACAGGACAGAUACACAGCUAUUUGAGGUUUACAAACUACAUCUUUGAUAAGGAAAAUGGUUUCGUGACAUGUAUACAAUUGCUAUUAAAAUGUAACUAUAUAUUCUAUAUGACUGUAAAUAUUUUAUACAACAAUACAAAUAAAAUAUUUUUCUAUUGUAUUUA